GAAUUCGUUCGAUCGAGUCUUGUUUAGCGCCAUCUCUUGUUUAGAUCAUUACAGUAAUCUUUGGCGAUUGAGCUGACUGGCGCGGAGGUUGACUGUCAGAUGAUUUGCCCGUUUGAUUGAACAGAUGUCCUCGGCUUCUCAGACUACUUACUAAGACACUGUCACAUGGUCCAAGAAAGUUGCAGCACCAUCCACAAUGCAGCAGUCGUUCCGCCAGCUAGAGGAGAGGAACCUCUCUGUAGAGGUGACCCUCAUGCAGUGGUCCCCCAAGAUGGAUCUCAUUGCUCUAGCAAACGAAAAUGGAGAGGUAUUAUUACAGAGGUUGACCUGGCAGCGUCAACCUAUCUGGACCCUCAGUCCUCCAAGUGAAGAUGAAGGUAAAGAAGUAAGAGCUCUGGCUUGGAGACCAGAUGGGAAAGUGUUAGCAGUUGGAUACCAAUCUGGACGGUUACUCCUAUGCAGAGUAGAGAAAGCAGAGGUCAUCCACACCACACAUGUUGACCAGCCAAUCACAUGCAUGCAGUGGUCAGCAGCACUGGACAAGGGUUUGGAUAGUGAAGCCAAUGGCCAGUCAUCGGUCAAGGCAGACCUGGGCGCUGCCGGGGAUGCCCCCGAUGAGAACAGCUCCGAGAAGUUUCUGCCUAAGCUCCCGUCUCUAUCAAAAAUUUCAUCGAUCAAGAGUUACAUUGAUGACAAUGUAGAAGAUGCUAAGAAGCUGAAGGAACAAAAGAGACUGAACAUGCUGGCUGUUGGUUGUAAUGGUGGAACCCUGAUACUACUAGCAUUUGGAGUUGCCCCCAUCGUCAAUGUGGACAUGUCACAGUUCAUACCAACAACCAAGUGUGGCGACUUCCUGGGCGCUUCUCUGUCCUCAGAUCUUCACACCAUCUGUGUUAUUGUGGAGUAUUCCAAUGAAGAAGACGUAACUGAGAUUUACAACUCUUUACUGACACUUGACUGUAUCCUGCUAGCAUCGAGGCAUCAAGAAAUCUCUAGAUAUGCUAAAAAGUUUGGCAAGAUACGAACCCUAAUGGAGUAUUUAGAAGCAACUCUGAAAGCUGUGACUGAGGCGAAGGAAGACAUUCUCAUUGAAAUGGAAAAUAAACUCACCAAAUAUGCACAGCAAAAGCCGACGGAGGAAUCUCUGAGUGAUGAGUUCCUUCAGUUGCUCCUAUGGGGGAAGGCUAGUCCAGAACUACAGCAGUUCCUGGUCCACGAUCUCACUGAGAAAGGCCUAAAGAAGUUGGACCAGUCGGUAGAGAACUCCUACGUCAGCAUUCAGAAACUUGUCCUCAAACACAUUCACAGCGUUGGACGAUCGCUCUUGUUCCAGUUGAGUGAAUUGAAAGGCAUGGCCUUGUGGUACGACAAGUAUGGAAUGCUAGGACUCAAUGCAACAGCUAUUCAAGAUGCCAUCAGUGCAGUUGGUUCCUUCAUGCUGAAAGCAAAUGAACUGUUACAAGUAAUCGAGAGCAGUCUGAAGAACUUCAAGGCCUUCUUCAGAUGGCUCUAUGUCAUUGUUAUGCAACUCAUGGAGGAACCGAUUCAACAAAGCAUUAGCAAGAUGUAUCAAAGAGACAUCAAUUUUGUUGCAGACUUCCUUGCUGAAAACUUCACGGAUGAACCCAGCUUAGAUGUCACCAAGUCCGGCUUCACGUUGGAAAGAGUAGGGCAGUACCUCAGGAAAGAGGAUCUACAGUUCCCCGUCAGUACAGCUCCAAACUCCUGGCAGGACUUCGUAGCCUCCUCGCCAAGCUUGCGUGGCAGUGACCUCUUGUUCCCAUGGCAACGAGAGAGGUCACUGAGCCAGCUUCAUGAUGUUGUGAAAGAUGCGGUAGAUCAUGCCCUGAGUCGACCCCAGAGUGUUGGAGGGGAGUCUCUCAGCUGCAGGGAGAGUUUCACAUUAGACAAAAGAUCCGAAACUGAUCAUCCUGAGUACAGAACUCUCUCACAACAAAGCCUACAGGAUCAGAGCAAACUCUUGACAGUGUUUAUGACAGAACCUUCCCCUGCGCAGUGUAUAUACAUGACCAGACAACACACCAAACCGGACAGAAGUAGCCAGAAUGAAACAGAGAUGGUUUGUCUAACGUUUGGAACCCUCGGCAGGUCAGACCCAGAUGAAAGCAUAGUCUCAUUAGCAGCUGAAAGUCAUCUAGUGCUGGAUGCUGCCUUCUACGGCGAUCACUCCCUCUCACUCCUCCUACAAGAGGUGAAAGAUGAGGGCAGUAUAAACAACGGCAAGCCUGUCCUAUGUCAGCUCUCUCUAGAAUCACUCCAAGCAGAGGUGGAGUUCACCCCCAUGUCACAGGUCAAAGGUCAUCUAUCAUCAGGGCAACAUAUAUCGAUUGACGCAGGCCCAUUAGUAACAUCCAGACGGAUGGACAACAUGAGAGCUGGUAGGCUAGCCGUCAGUGGGUCAAGAAAGGUUGCCUGUGUGCUGUUCUCUAACCAGAGGAGGGUGCGUCUCUUCGACAUGGAUGCAGAGGACGAGGGUGAAGAUGAAGAAGAUGAUGAAGAGAACCAGCUGGAAGAUUCCUCAAUGGUGGUGGCAGAGGAGGGGAGUGGAACAGAUAAUUGACAUACCUUAUCUUAGGGAGCGUUUAUUGUCAAUCUUUUUGCCUAGAAUCAGCGUUUUCAAACGUUUUUCAGGCAAAUUUUUAAGGUGACAAACGCAAAGCCUUUUUCAAACGUCUUUAGAUAUGGGCAUAUUUUAACGCAGAAAAAAGUGCGUUUUGAAUGUGACGUACAGCCAGAAUCAUGUUUCUGAGAGGUGAUAAACGCAAAGCUGUUCUGAACCCCACAUAGAAAUCGGACCUUCCCAGGCUAAUUUCUGGUUCGUUGAAAUGUCAUGUUGUUGUACAAACAUGUGUGUGUACUCGCUCUAUUUGACCCCCGAGAUACCGUCUGCUUCCCGGGUCAAACGGCGCGAAGCAGCUGCCCAGAGAAAAGGCCUUUAUUUUGAAUCGUGAAGAGACGAUAAAGGCGACAUCACGCAAAUCACGUUCGUAUAGUGGGGUUCGAUAUGUACAUAUAGAAACGCUGAUUCUGAGUGGCAAGGCAUGAUAAACGCACCCUUAAUGAGGGAGAGGAUGAAUAUGAUGAUGAUGAUGAUGAGGAGACCCAGCUGGAGGACACUUCAGUGGUGGUGGUGGUGGAGGAAGAGUGGAAUGGAACAGAUAAUUGACAUCCCCCAUUUCAAAACACUUUCACAGUACGUGAGUGAUAUGAGGAUUUGUCCUCCUACUCAAUACGGCGAAAGAGAAUGAAUGGAUGAACGACAAACUCACAGUUUGGUACUGAAAGAAUGGUGAAGUAGACCAUAUCUCAGAGGACUCGUCACCAAUAUUGAUGGAGGAAGGAAAUGAAAUGGACAAUUGACAUGCCCCCUCUGUGGGGUCUAUUCAGCAACCACCUUUGAUGUCAGCACUAUGAUGUCAUGGUGAAAAGAAAUCAUGAAGCAAAGCAUGUGUAGUCCAUCAGAUAAAUAUCUCUUCCUGAAAAUACACCCUCCUCCUCAAUCUCCUUCUUAUUGAAUCAACAAAUUUCUUCACAAUACUGUCAAGGAGAUUAUUCAUCAGAUUUUUUUUUCUGUGUACGUUUGUAUUCAAAAGACACCAAGGGGGUUGAGCAGGUGUGUUUUUCCCUCCCGUUUCCCUUCCUCUACAAAUGUCAUGCGUUGAUUGAUUUCUAUCACUGUAUUGUGUAUUGUUGUCGCUCUACUAUACUAGCUGAGGGCAAAAGUACCGAGAAUUGUACUGUACAUGUAUGACAGCAUAUUGCACUAUGUCAAAAUGACGUGAAAAAGAAGAUUUUGAAUGAAAUAAAGUCUAUUGUAUGAAAUAUGUAUGUA